AUCUUCCAAAAUAAAUAACUACUGGAAUACAAUUCUGAGCAUGCUCCGGACUAGGAUUUAAAGCGCCUUCCGACACUGCCCGGACUGCAUUUCCCAGAAAGUAGCUGGACUUGGAGACUGGGGCUAUUUUUGAAUUUCCCCCGAGGGAGAGAGAGAGAGAGAGAGAAAUUGUCCAUACAGCUGGAGCUGCCAUUCCAGUCCUUUUCUUUAAGCUCUGGACAAAAAAGACUGGGUGUGAAGACAAACACUGAAAAGAUGGUUGGAAAGAAACUUAACUUAUGCAAUUGCCACAAGGUGAUGCUUGCCUCAUCUUUGGGCAUCAUUGUAUUGCUGUCUCUCAUGAACACCUGUUUCGCCCAUGCCCAACACUACCAAAGUUCAUCUUGGGAAAAGAAGCGUGUGGAACGUGACUUUUUAUCUGAAGUGACUCGUUCUGUAAGGAAGACACUGGAGAAUUUGGUUGGUAAAGAGAACUUUCUGAUGUUGAAUGAGAAUAUGUCUGCCAUGCUUUGGAUAGUUUCCUCUGGAAUCUCUUCAGCCUUCUGUGUUGUGGCUCGAAUUACAGGGCAGUUUCUUACAUCCUUUGGAUUGGCUGGAGAUGGAUUAACACAGUUUCUGAAGCUGAGCCCUGAGCAGGUUCAGGCAUUGCUGCUCUGGAGCCUGGCUGCCCUGAUUAGCUAUUGGGUGCUCUGGCUGCUGUUCAGCCUGUUGUUCAUUAUCUUAAGCCGCAUCAUGUGGGGCCUCAAGCUGGUUCUCUUUGGAGGCUGCUUUGCAUUUAUUGUGUUUACUGUGCCUGACCAUUCAGUACAGAUUUUACUUCUAUUGGCCUUGCUAACUUUCUAUGUUUUGCUGGGUUGGUUGAGUGGAUCCUAUCGCUCUGAUGCACGGCUGGAGGCUAAAGUGCACAACUUGGAGCGCCUAGUGGAGGAACUGCAACGGCGGCAGAAGCGGUCUCCCAGAUACCUGGAUGAAGAAUAAAUUUCAGGCGGGGGGCUUUCCACAUUUACCCAUCUUGUCCAAGAAGCAACUACAUUUCUCUCUCUCUUUAUCACCUAUGUUACUUCUUUUUCAGUCUGUACAUGUUCCUGGAUGGUAUCAUUUCGCCCACCUCUAUUUAGGACAGAAGUCCUCCCUAAAAAAAUGAUUGCACCUGACAUACUAUAGCUUCUCAGUUGGUAGUAACAUUUAGAAAAGCUCUUUCCCUACUUUUGUUUCGUUGUUUUCAUCCCCCUUUUUAGGCCCCGUUUUUCCCACUCUGUUUUUUGCGGCAGCUGUUGGCUUCUUUAAAGACAACGGGCCUGAUAAUGAAAAAUGCUUAUUCCUUAAAAGAAAAUAAAAAACAGAAUUUCAUGACUGGGGAUAUGAGAAUGGGUCCUUGGAUAUGAUUAUUCUACACUAUCAUGCUCAUAUUUAUAAAACUCAAUGCCUCUGUGAAAGUUAAGGAUGACUACUAUGUUUGUGGUGCUCCUCACAGCAAUCAGAACAUUGUGUGUGUUGAAGAUGUUUUAAUGCGAGCCAAAGAUGCCUUUUAAAAGCAGGUUUACAUCAUUUUCUUAUGCAUGCCAGUGCUGUGUGUGAGGUAAUUUAAGGUGGUUCUGACAAGUGGUGUUCACCUGCUGAUCCAGAAUAGACAAAACACAAGGGAAUAUACACAAGCCUUGCACAGUAUACAGACUGAAUUUACUGUAUACUGCAAGUAAGCAAAACCAUAAAUUCAGGCUUGACUUGUUUGCCUAUUGAAGAAUGGGCCUGUGGUUUACACUACAUAU